GAUUACGCUUACUAUUGUUGUUUUCGCCGUGAAAGAUGGGGAGUAUCGAUGGUUGGAUUUCGCCGUCUCAGGCAGCAGCACAAUUUGCGGAACCUCAGUACGAGAACGCGAAGAUUUCGGUAUGGUGGGAUAUCGAGAAUUGUGAAGUUCCAAAGAAGUCAGAUCCUCAUUGUAUAGCUCAAAAUGUAAGUUCGGCUUUGGUAAAGAUGAAAUACUGUGGCCCUGUUUCCACCAUAUCCUCUUAUGGAGACACGACUCGCUUACCAUCAUCAGUUCAACAAGCACUCAACAGCACUGGCAUCUCCCUCAACCACGUCCCUGCUGGUGCCAAAGAUGCUAGUGACAAGAAGAUUUUGGUGGAUAUGUUAUUAUGGGCUGUGGAUAAUCCUGCUCCCGCUAAUUAUUUGUUAAUUUCUGGUGAUCGUGACUUCUCCAAUGCACUGCAUCAGUUGCGAAUGAGGAGAUACAACAUUAUCCUCGCACAACCGAAGAAUGCAUCAGCCCCGCUCGUUGCUGCUGCGAGAAGUGUGUGGCUGUGGACAACUCUUUGUGAUGGCGGCCCACCUCUAACAAAGGAUGAAACAAAUCAGAUAGUUAAGACUCAAUCAAACUCCUCUGUUACAGAUACACCGAGAAAUUAUCCUUUAGAUGGAUCCAAACCUAGUAUGGAUAGUUCGGAUAUUAAACAGAUAGGGAAUCAGAGUAAGAUGAAUAAUGGCUCCCAAUUGAGUGUACCUGAUUGUUUGUCUAAUGAUGGAAAAACAUUUGAUACUAAACAGAAAGGGAAGCAGAUUGAUGGAUCCCAAUCGAGUUCAGAUAGUUUGUCAAAUGAUGGAGGGACAUUCGAUACCAAACAGAAAGGGAUGCAGAGUAAGUUGAAUAAUGGCUCCCAAGCGAGUACUGAUAAUUUGUCAAAUCAUGGAAGACCAUUUGAUACCAAACAGAAGGGGAAGGUGAGUAAUGGCUCCCAAUCGGGUACGGAUAGUUUGCCAAAUGAUGGUAAAACAUCCAAUAUCAAACCGAAUGGGAAGCAGAGUGCGAAGAAUUCAGGAGGCCAAAAAGGUACUCCAGUAAGGGUCCAAGAUUCUAAAACCAAUAUUAACAAGAUUAAUAUGAUCAAUGAUGGUUCCUCGGAGCUGAGUAUGGAGAGUUUGUGGCGAGUAUUUAGUGGAAAAACUAAGUCAAAUGUGACUUUGAUUCUGAAUCAGCGUAAGCCUAAACGGGAAUUUCACAGAUGUUCUGUGUCAUUAGACAAGGUCUUAGAUGUGUUGAUUAAGAAUAACCUGGUCAAAAUCGUGGAACCAAGGCCAGAAAAGUUGCAAUCACCAAAACAACUCGAUCAAACCAAGUUUUGCAAGUACCAUCAAACAUUUGGUCAUAAUACAAAUGUUUGUUUUACAUUGAAGAGCAAGAUUCAAGAUCUGAUUGAUGAAGGUGUAAUUUUGAAAAAGAAUGUGGACUCUUGA